CACGUGAAUGUUUAAUGGCUGCAUUUCAAUGAACAGCCAAAAUUGCCCAAUUAAUUUUUCACAUCAUUGACGAAUUGCUCCAGACUUUUUUAUGCUUCAAUUUACUGCUGUACCAAGGGCUAAACUGAUUGCUGACACGAUGAAGAAAGAUUGAGGGGGGGAGACAAAAAAAGAACUGUUGAACGAACGCCACUUCCUAGUUAUCUCUUUCCCACCACUUUUCGCCCACUUCUUCAUCCUGAGACCCUCGAGAGUAACCGCAGAAUCAGCAGUGAUGCACAGUACGGGGGAUCUAAAAAUACUGGGCGGAACACAUCAUAGACCACCGCUGUCUUUGUUUUUUAACGGUGUCUCCCUCGGAAAAUCGUCAUCGAAAAUCUUCAGUCAUAUGACACUUGAGCGCGAAUUACCGUUGGAGCUCGCCUACUCGACACUCGAUUUUUUUAUCAAUUUUUUUUACAGCGAGAGAGUUUAAAUUUCCCAUUCUUGGCUGAUGUCAAUUCACGGUGAAUGAAGUCUUCUCGAGGAUUGACGUGAAAAUGAUAAAUCCAGAGCGAUGGAUUCACUUGAUUAUUCUCGUUCUAGGACUGCUAUUAAAUCAAGGCGGAUAUGGAAUAACUCAAGUUGCCCUAAAUUACAAUGGCUCACCGAGAACAGGCUGUCCAGGUGGGAGAAACGCCAGCAAGCCAAUUGAUCGGUAUGAUUCGUCCAUCAUGCUCCGACAAUUACGAUCCGAAAUGAUUCGCAUGACAUCCGUACAGGAUAAGCCCCUCGAUGGAUAUAUUGUGACUUCCAACGAUGAUCACCAGAGCUCGAUUCCAUUAUCACAUGCACGGAAGGCCCCCCCGGAGAGCGAAACCGUUUUGCCCCACUAUAUGAGACGUGAGUUCCUCACGGGAUUUCGUGGUAGUGCUGGAGAAGCUCUGAUAACCGGAAAUAAAGCCGUCCUGUGGACCGAUGGGAGAUAUCACAUUCAGGCAGAUCAUCAACUGGACUGUAAUUGGAUUCUCAUGGAAUACGGCCACGAAAGCGUCCCCUCCAUGACCCAGUGGUUGAAACAAGAAUUUCAGAAUAACUCUGAUGCUCGUAUAGGAGCUGAUCCCAAAUUAAUUCCAGCGAAAACUUGGCUCGAUUGGGAAAAAGAAUUGGCGGAAUGGUCGAUACACCUCGUUGCUGUCCAUAAAAACCUCAUCGACAUAAUCUGGCAAGUGAAUCGUACAGCAGACAUUAAUCAUCCCGCCUACGAAUUGAAAAAUGAAUUCGCGGGUAAAUCAUGGCUUGAAAAAAUUCACCAAGUCAGAUGUCUCAUGGAGAAUGCAUCUGCCGAUGGCCUCGUUAUCACAGCACUGGAUGAUAUCGCUUGGCUGUUGAAUAUAAGGGGUUGGGACCUCCCCAAUACCCCAGUGCUCAGGGCAUACGUCGUACUAACUCCUGAAGCUAUUCUUCUUUACACCGAUCGGAAAAAAAUCAAAAGAAGUGUUGAUUUACAUUUGAAAACCGAUGGCUGUUACUACGCUGACUGUGUGAGAAUAGUUAAUUACUCAGAUAUCUGGAAUGAUCUACGAACACUGUCCCAAUCAUGGACGAAGGUCUGGUUACCCUCACCCUGUGGCUACGCCCAAGGUGUAUCGAGGCAGAUAUACGUAUCUAUUCCACUGACAAAACGUUUGUUCAAACCCUCACCCAUCAUUGCCCUGCGAGCCGUAAAAAAUGAUAUUGAAAAAAAUGGAAUGAGACGAGCUCAUAUUAGAGAUGCGGUUGUGAUGUGUGAUUUUUUGGCUGAUAUGGAGUUCCAGAUGAGUAUCAAUGAAAAAGAAUGGGAUGAAAUGCAAGUUGUGAGAGCUAUCAACAGCUUUAGAUUUGAAAUGGAUUAUAAUCAGGGCAUUGCAUUUCCAACAAUCGUUGGAUAUGGAGAGCAUGGGGCACAACCGCAUUAUGAACCCACUGAGAGGACUAGUGCCCUCGUUGGAAGAGACUCGACGUUGGUCAUUGAUUCGGGAGGACAGUAUUUCGAUGGAACAACCGACGUAACAAGAACUUUUCAUUUUGGGGAGCCAACUGAGGAGCAGAGGAGGGCAUACACCCAAGUUCUCAUUGGUUCCAUUCAAUUGGCAUCAAUGGUAUUCCCCGCUGAUCUGAGGACUGAUCAGCUCGAUGUCUUCGCGAGAGAGCCUCUUUGGAAAGCUGGAUACGAUUACAUGCACGGCACUGGUCACGGAAUAGGACAUUUUCUUUCCGUUCAUGAGUCUCCCAUUAGCGUCUCGUAUAUUCAAAAUACUACGAUCACACCGGGAUGCAGCACACGCCUGCAGCCGGGGAACUUUUUGUCAAACGAACCGGGAUAUUAUAGCAAUGGAAAAUUUGGAAUUCGAUUAGAAAAUGUUCUCGAAGUUGUUGAGGCGGAGAUAAAAAAUGCGAAAUUACUGAAAUUUCGAGAUGUCACGCUGGUGCCUUAUGAACCUAAACUUAUCGAUAUCAGAAUGCUGAAUAAAUCUCACCGAAAAUGGCUCAACAACUACAACAGACGAAUUAGGGAAGAAGUUGGUCCUGAAAUACUGAAAAAAUAUAAAAUGGAGGCAUACCAGUGGAUGGAGAAGCGAACGCGAAGCAUUCCGGAGGAGGGUGAAGUAGAUGUUAAUUAUUUCACGGGAGAUUCCAACUCCAUACUCUCGAAGAAUUCGCAUUUACUCAUUAUUCUUGUGAUAUUCUUUCAUAGAUGGCACGGUGCAUUCACGAUCUGCAGCUGAGAAUCAAACAGCAUUGGAUAUUGCAUUUAAGUACAAUUCGUUAUUAUAAAUUUUGUAGAAAAGCUUGAACUACUUUAUUAAAAAUCUGAUAGCUCAAUUUUUUUUAGAAAAAUAUAUUUAUGAGAAAAUUCUAUUGACUUUUCCUACUUAAUUUUCCCGUACCCGUAAAACCCACUUCUCUGAUAUAUUUUACAUUACGAAGAUGGAAAACCCGGACCUCGAAUAAACCCUGUCCGUAUUAAUAAUGAAAAUCUAUAGUUUCGAGGAAAAAUUUUCCACUUUGUGAUAAAAAAUUAACCACCGGUGGAAGAGAAAAAGACUAAACCAACUGUCGACGAGUUGAAAUCAAUAAUUAAAACUAUCGGAAAGCCGUACGUUUAUUAUAUCUUUUUAGUCUUUCCAAUUUUCCCGUAAACAACAACUUUUCCUCCAUUUUUCGUCGACCGAGGGCAAUAACGGAUUAU